AUGCCAGAAUACGCGAAGAUGAAGAAUGCCGACCUUGAGUCGCUUCUCAAGGAACGCGGUCUGCCGCACGGAGGAAAGAAGGCAGAGAUGGUUGAUCGCCUCAUCAAGGACGACGAGAAAACCACUGCGCCCGCCAAUACAAAGUCUACCGACAAUGCUGAAGACGAAAUUGAUUGGGACGACGAGGGCGACGAAACUGCGCCGAAAGAAGACAAGCCAGCGACUACAAACGAAGAGAUAAUCGCGAAGGCUGGAGGUGAGGGCCAGCCACCAAAUCCGCAAGCCGUACCGAACCAAGUCGCCGACAUCGACCCCGCGAAGACCGACGACCUAUCAGUACAGCCGCCAGCAGAAGGUGAGAAGCAAGAGAGCUCCGAGGCUCAGCCAGAAGAGAAGCAGGAGCCUGCUCCCGACUACUCAAUAGGCCUUGCGGCUACUAACCUCGAUGAGGAGAUUGAGAAGCGCAAGAAGCGCGCGCUCAAGUUCGGCACAAAGGUCGAGGAUGACGAAGGCCUGAAGAAAUUAGAGCGCGCUAAGAAAUUUGGAGAGUCUGCGCCGCCCAAGGGCCUCGAUGAAGCUUUGCCGGAGCGCAAUCGAAAGCGUGGCCGAGAAGACGGUGGUGAGGAUGCGGGUGGCAACAAGCGUCGUGGCGGAGGCCGCUCCGGUGCGCGUGGAGGACGCGGCGGACGAGACAGGCGCGAUAACAGGAACAGAGAUGGCCGAGACGGGCGUGAUGGGCGUGAUAGCCGGGACAACCGUGACAGCCGAGACAACCGCAGGGACGAGAACAGAUCGAGUGGUGGCGCAGGCUGGAUGAACGAGAAAGACAGAGCAGCGGCUGAUGCGAGGAAGGCGAAAUGGGCAAAUCCUGCAGCUUGA